UACAGUGAGCUGCAGUCAUGCUGUUGAACACUCUGCUCAUAGUGUUGAGCUCACAGUGUGUCUGGGCCAGAAAGUCCGAACCUUCUUUUAAUGAGGCAGAUGCAGGUUUGUUCAGGGGAUCAGAUAAAUAUGACUUUGCCAUCGAGGUUCCUGCUGCAGAGAUGGAGUGUUUCUGGCACUUUGCCCACCAGAGUGGAAGCUUCUACCUGAUGUACAUGGUACAGUGGGUAACAGGGAUGGCCAAUGAUCCCCGGCUAUUUGUGACAGUCAACUCACCACAGGGCGUUCUCAUGGCAUCAAAGAAUGAGGCUGUUGGUCAAUUGAAUUUCCAGACUGAGGUGACAGGUUUUUACCGGAUGUGUCUCGGGAACCACAACAACAAGUUUGGAGGGAUCAGGGUCUUUAUGAACUUUGGUGUCAUCUACGAAGGCUUUGAGGAGUCAAAGGGAGAGAUGGAGGAAGGAGAGAAAGUCCUCAACAGCACUUUGACAGAUAUUGAGGAGAGUGUACAGAAGCUCCAGAAUCAGAUCUUCCACAUAUGGCGUUAUUACAACUUCGCCCGCAUGAGGAAAGGAAAGGAUCACUACCUCGUACUCUCCAACCUCAACUACGUCACUUGGUGGUCGGGGGCCCAAAGCUUCAUCAUCCUCCUGUCUGGAUACCUGCAGCUCCUCGUCCUCAAAAGACUCUUCCACACAGACUCUAGCAGACCACGAUGCUGAGAGUAGAACAUCCAAACAUCUAGAUCACUGCCCUGAACCUUUGCCAUGAUUUAAAUUUUCCCAUAGCAGAUUUAUAUUGAUACAUUUUUGGAAAAGACAAGUCUGAAGAUAUCUAUCUAAAGAUAGAAACUGGAAUUAAGGAUGUCUCAACUCAGUUUUCUUGCCCUCGAUCCUGAUUCAUCCGAGUCAUAUGAUAUCAAGUAUCUACCAAUAAAAAUCCAGAUCCAAUACUUCCUAGAUAAUACAGUUGCACAGUGCAUCUUAGGUACAAUGUAAAAUCAAUACAAUGUAUGCUUGAUGAUUAAAUUAAAGUUCUGCAGUGCAUUAAGAAAUAAACUGCCUGUAAACAAACUAAGAUUUAUCUUUUUACAGAACUCUUAUCAAUUCCACCUAAUGCAGCACUAUGUAAACCAGACUGACUGAUCAAAGCAGCACUCGAACAGUAACUCCCUUGUGUUCUACCAGGUAGAAUUAAAAAUUGACGAUGAAAAUGAUGAAACAUGACUCUGUUUUCAUCAUAUCAUGGUUGUUUUAAUUAAAUCAGCUUCAAAUUAUUCAAAUCACUCGGUCAUUUAGCACUCUAUUUUUCAACUCACAUGCAUUUUCAC